AUGUCUCAAUUUGGACUUAAUGACAAUUCGUAUGGAGCCAACAGUGGGUCAAUGUCUUCUGAAACUCGUGAGAAAUUAAUGACCCAAGUAAAAGAAGAAGUUGCCAUUGCUAAUAUGCAGACGUUUUUAAAAGGAAUUCCACUGUAUAAGUACAUUGCUUCUUUGGCUGGGUAUUCCACUGUAAUCCUUCCUGUCCCAUCUUUUAACGUAAUUAACGGAGGUUCUCAUGCUGGGAAUCGUCUAGCAAUGCAGGAGUUUAUGAUAAUGCCAACAGGAGCAUCCUCAUUUAGAGAAGCAAUGAGAAUUGGGAGUGAAGUCUAUCAUUCUCUUAAAGGACUGAUCAAAAAGAAAUACGGAAUUGAUGGUAACUUGGCUGUUUAUAAUCUUUUUGCCUGCAAUGUUGGAGAUGAGGGAGGAUUUGCUCCAAACAUUCAAAGUAAUCAAGAAGGUUCUUAAAAUGUCUUGUUAUUAGGCGCUUUGGAUUUGCUGAUUGAUGCCAUCAACAAUGCUGGAUACAAAGACGUAAUCAGCAUAGCCAUGGAUGUGGCAGCUUCAGAGUUUUUGAAAAAUGGCAUGUAUCAGCUUGACUUCAAAAAUAGCAAUGCAGGAAACAAUACUCUCUUUACACCUGAGCAGCUCAAUUCGUUUUAUGAGGAGAUUAUAAGGAAAUAUCCUCAAAUUGUUAGUAUUGAAGAUCCUUUCGGAGAAGACGAGUUUGAGUCCUUCAAAAAUCUGACAAAGUCCACGUCUAUUCAAAUCGUUGGAUUUGCAGAUUUCAGAGAAGAGUCCUUUUUGAUUGAAGGCAAAAUGAAUGGUGCCAUCAAGAAUAUUUUGCCAAGCAGUAAUAAAUUUAAAAAAUCAUUAUCUCGUUCUAAAUCUGAAAGUUGUGCAAUAUUAAUUACCGAGGAGGAAAGUGGAAUUAAAAACCCAAAAGACGAAUAUUGGUCGAAACACGCUGUUCUCAGCAUAAUGACUGAUGGGAAAAUGUCAGGUCAUUCUGCCCCAGUUGAGAGAAUAUCUUUCUAUGAUUCUGAUAUUGUUCUUUCCGCAGACUCAAAUGGGCAAUUCAGGGCUCUUUCUGUUACCCAUGAGUCUCUUGGACGUCUCUUAGGACGCCAUUCUAAUUCAUUCAAGGCUAUUGUUUCUGGUUAA